CAUGACCCAGCCCCUCAAGCUCGCCUCCAGAGUGUUGCAUCGCGCCCGCUGUGCUUCCGAGCCGGGCGCCUCACUGGGCUCCAGAAGCUCUGGCUCAGCGCCCUGGAGCUUGGCGGACAUCCCAGGCCCCUCCACGCCGGGUUUCCUUGCCGAACUUUUCUGCAAGGGGGGACUGUCGCGGCUACACGAGCUGCAGGUUAGGGGCACCGCGCGCUUCGGUCCUGUGUGGUUGGCCAGCUUCGGGAAGGUGCGCACGGUGUACGUGGCGGCCCCUACACUCAUUGAGCAACUGCUGCGACAGGAGGGGCCCCGGCCGGAGCGCUGCAGCUUCUCGCCCUGGGUUGAGCACCGUCGCCGGCGCCAGCGGGCUUGCGGACUGCUCACCGCGGAAGGCGAAGAAUGGCAAAGGCUCCGCAGCCUCCUUGCCCCGCUCCUCCUCCGGCCUCAAGCGGCUGCCCGCUAUGCCAGGACCCUAGACAACGUGGUUCUUGACCUUGUGCAACGGCUGCGAUGCCAACGGGGACGCGGUGCUGGCCCCCCCGCCCUGGUUCGUGAUGUAGCCGGAGAGUUUUACAAGUUUGGACUGGAAGGCAUAGCUGCCGUGUUGCUGGGCUCGCGCCUGGGCUGCCUGGAAGCCAAAGUGCCUCCAGAUACAGAGACGUUCAUUCACGCCGUGGGAUCUGUGUUUGUGUCCACACUGUUGACCAUGGCGAUGCCCGAAUGGCUGAACCGCCUUGUGCCGGGACCCUGGGGGCGCCUUUGCCAAGAUUGGGACCAGAUGUUUGCAUUUGCCCAGAAGCACAUGGAACGGCGAGAGGCUGAGAUAGCCAUGAGGAGCCAGAGAAGGCCUGAGGAGGAAAAGGGAUCUGGGGUGCACCUGACCUACUUCCUGUUCCAGGAACAGUUGCCUGCCCCUUCCAUCCUGGGGAAUGUGACAGAGCUGCUGCUAGCCGGAGUGGACACGGUGUCCAACACCCUCGCCUGGGCUUUAUAUGAGCUGUCCCGACACCCAGAAGUCCAAACAGCACUCCAUGCUGAGAUCACAGCUGCCUUGGGCCAGGGGUCCAAUGCCCACUCCUCAGCCACUGCCCUGUCCCAGCUGCCCCUGCUGAAGGCGGUUCUCAAGGAGGUGCUAAGACUGUACCCUGUAGUGCCUGGAAAUUCCCGUGUUCCAGACAGGGACAUUCGUGUAGGCGAUUAUACUAUCCCCAAAAACACGCUGGUCACUCUGUGUCACUAUGCUACUUCAAGGGACCCUACUCAGUUCCCAGAGCCAAAUACUUUUCGUCCAGCUCGCUGGCUGGGGGAAGGUCCAGCUCCCCACCCAUUUGCAUCUCUUCCCUUUGGCUUCGGCAAGCGCAGCUGCAUGGGGAGACGCCUGGCAGAGCUUGAGCUGCAAAUGGCUUUGGCCCAGAUCUUGACCCACUUUGAGGUACAGCCUGAGCCAGGCGCUGCUCCGAUCAGACCCAUGACCCGGACUGUGCUGGUGCCCGAGAGGAGCAUUAACCUACAGUUUGUGGACAGAUAGUCCUGUGGAAGGAUGCUGUUAUCAUUACCCUUUCUCUUUUCAUGGAGGUUUACUAGGCAUAAGAGCAAGAGAUGUGUGUUUCCCCUGAGGACUGUCUAUCUGAUCAGACUGGUCAGAAUGGCCAUAGCAAAUGGUUUGAGGCAGCCCUGACCAAGGUGUGAAGUGUGCAUUUGGCCUGACCCAGCAGGCCCAGAGAAAACCAUAGUCCCUCUGCCUGUGCAGCCCUUCUCCUGGUUGUGUCAUAUGUAUCCUUCCAGGGCUAGCUCAGACUUUAAUGAAUAAUGCUGGGCGAUCUGAGGGAGAAUUCCACUGCUGCCCUUUUGGGGCUUCCACAGUGUUCGUUGAUGCUGCUGGCUAAGCUCUUAGCAUGACACAAGCUAAGUACUUGUGCAUCUGGUCUGCACCUGGUUGGUCCUCUCUCCUUGUUAUGUGAGCUCUUUGAGAGGAAAAAUGAGGCCUUAUUCAGUCUUUAUAUCCCCUACCAGGGCCUAUCCCUAAGUGAUACCACACAAAUUCUCAGACUGAAUCUGGACCAUCUAGCAGAAGGUUACCAAAGCUCCAAGCAGCUUACCAAGAUCUGUCUACCCCAUUCCUUCUCACCUUGCCUCUAGGAGGGUGAGUCUGCCCUUGCCUGGUUUAUGAUUUAAAAAAAAAAAAAAACUAUCCUUGAGCCCUGGCUGGCAUGGCUCAGUGGAUUGAGUGCAGGUUGCAAACCAAAGCAUCGCAGGUUCGAUUCCCAGUCAGGGCACGUGCCUGG